GAUGGCGCCCCCAGGAGCUGGGAGCGGGUGACCGGCGGCGGGGAAGCGGCCUGGGUUGGCCCUCCGAUUACGGGGUCCUGGGGGCAUCUCGCCGGGUACCCCCUGGCCCGCCUGCAAGGCCUUCCCCGGCCAGAGCAAUGGCCGCCGAGAACAGCAAGCAGUUUUGGAAGAGGAGCGCCAAGCUGCCGGGGAGCAUCCAGCCUGUGUACGGAGCACAACACCCCCCUCUGGACCCUCGGCUCACCAAAAACUUCAUCAAAGAACGGUCAAAAGUCAACGCAGUUCCUUUGAAGAAUAAGAAGGCCUCCAGUUUCCAUGAGUUUGCCCGGAAUACCAGUGAUGCUUGGGACAUUGGCGAUGAUGAGGAAGAGGACUUUUCCUCCCCUUCUUUCCAAACUCUAAACUCAAAAGUUGCUCUGGCAACCGCAGCCCAAGUCCUAGAAAACCACAGCAAGCUGAGGGUGAAACCAGAACGCUCCCAGUCAACAACAUCCGAUGUUCCUGCCAGCUACAAGGUCAUAAAGUCCAGCAGUGACGCUCAGCUGUCCAGAAAUUCCAGUGACACAUGCCUGAGGAAUCCACUCCACAAACAGCAGUCACUCCCUCUCCGACCCAUCAUCCCCCUGGUUGCCCGCAUCUCGGACCAGAAUGCUUCCGGGGCGCCCCCGAUGACUGUCCGGGAGAAAACCCGCCUUGAAAAAUUCCGUCAGCUUCUCUCCAGCCACAACACUGACUUAGAUGAACUGAGGAAGUGUAGCUGGCCGGGGGUUCCCAGGGAGGUUCGACCCAUAACCUGGAGACUCCUGUCGGGCUAUCUCCCAGCAAACACCGAGAGGAGGAAGUUGACCCUGCAGCGGAAGCGGGAGGAAUAUUUUGGCUUCAUUGAGCAGUAUUAUGACUCUCGAAAUGAGGAACAUCACCAGGAUACCUACCGACAGAUUCACAUCGACAUUCCAAGGACAAAUCCUCUCAUUCCAUUGUUCCAGCAGCCGCUUGUACAGGAGAUCUUCGAAAGAAUUCUAUUUAUUUGGGCCAUCCGACACCCUGCCAGUGGGUACGUCCAGGGAAUUAAUGACCUGGUCACUCCGUUCUUUGUCGUCUUCCUCUCAGAAUAUGUGGAAGAGGACGUGGAGAACUUUGACGUGACCAAUUUGUCUCAGGACGUGCUUCGAAGCAUUGAAGCCGACAGCUUUUGGUGCAUGAGCAAGCUGUUAGAUGGGAUCCAGGAUAACUACACCUUUGCACAACCAGGGAUCCAGAAGAAGGUCAAGGCGCUGGAAGAGCUCGUCAGCCGGAUUGAUGAGCAGGUACAUAAUCACUUCAGGAGGUACGAGGUUGAAUACCUCCAGUUUGCCUUUCGUUGGAUGAACAACCUGCUCAUGCGGGAGCUUCCCCUUCGCUGCACCAUCCGCCUAUGGGACACAUACCAGUCUGAACCGGAAGGGUUCUCCCACUUUCAUCUCUACGUGUGUGCAGCCUUCUUGAUCAAGUGGAGAAAAGAGAUCUUGGAUGAGGAGGACUUUCAGGUGAGUGACCAAGAGCUUAGCCUGGGCUGGGAUGAGCAUCAGAGCGGGAGCCAUUCCGUUAGUGGGGCUGCACAGGGAGAAGGUGCAAUGGCAGGUACCUGGCCGAGAGGAGGAAAGGAGACAGGGUGCUCAGAAGGCCAAUGGGCCAAGUCAGUGAGCCCCAGAGUUCUUCAGUACAAAAAGGGUUUUAGGGCACCUGGAUGGCUCAGUCAGUUAAGCAUCUGACUCUUGAUCUCAGCUCAGGUCAUGAUCUCACGGUCCAUGGGAUCAAGCCUGGAGUUGGGCUCUGUACUGGCGGCACCAAGCCUGCUUGGGAUUUUCUCUCUCUCUGUCAAAAUAAAUAAAUAACUAAGCUUAAAAAAUAUAUAUGUAUACAUAUACAUGUAUGUAUAUACAUAUGUGUGUGUGUGUGUGUAUAUAUAUAUAUAUAUAUAUUUUUUUUUUAAUAGGUAUUAGUGCUAGAAAGGUUGCAGAGCAGCUAGGCAGGCCUAAGAGAUGUCUCAUUCAUUCAUUGACAAGCAUUUGCUGAAUGCCUGCCAUGUGCUAGGCACUGGUGAAGGCAUAGGAUAUACUGGAAACCAAAAUAGACAGAUCCCUGUUCCCAUAGAGCUUACAUGCUGGUUGGGAAGAGACUUAACAAUAAACAAAAGCGUAGGAAAUUUUUUUUUUUAAGUAGAGCAGGAUAAAGGGAUUAUUAGGUGGUAGGGAAGAGAUAGUUUACAAUUUCAAAUACAAUAGGAUAGGCUCACUGAGAAGGAGAUGUUUGAGCAAAGGCUCAGGGAAGGUGAGAGAGUGAGUCAUGGACAUCUGGGGGACGAGUGUCCAAGCAGAGGGAACAGUGGGGUUCCCUGGGCUACUUAAGGAAUCAUGGUGGUGGCCUGGAACAGAGUGGUCCAGGGGAAGAGUAGGAAGAGGUGAGGCCAGAGAAGUCACAAGGGACCUAGAUCACAGAGGACUUUGUAGCCACUGUAAGCUUUGGCUUUACUCUGAGUGGAAGGGGAGCCAUAAGAGGGUCUUAAGCAGAGGAGGGCCGUGAUCUGACUUACAUUUUCAAAGGGUCACUCUGGCUUCUAUGUAGACUGUAGGUGUGGACGAAGGUGGAGGCAGGGAGACUGCCCAUCAGGCUGUUAGAGUCCUCCAGGUGAGACACGAGGAUGGCUUGGACCUGGAUGGUGGCAGUGGAGGUGUGACAAGUGGGCAGAUCUUGCUUAUAUUUUGUAAAUAGAGCCAACAGGAUCUCCUGACGUGUCGAGUGCAGAGUAGGACAGAGAGGGAUGAGUCAGGAUGACUCAGCUUAUGAGAAGGGUCUAGGAGGAACAGGCUUAGGGAGGAAUUUCAGGAGUUCAGUUUUGGGCAUGCCAAAUCGGAAGUGCUUUUAGACACCCAAAUGGAGAUCUAGAGUAGGCAAACAAAUCUUAGGAGUCUGGAGCUGGAGAAGGAGAGAGCUUGGACACACGUUUAGGAGCCUCUGGCUACAUGGUCCUUAAAACCAGGACAGUAGAUGAGGAGUGAGUGUGGACGGAGGAGGGAAGAGCCCCGGGCCUGAGCCCUGGCACACCUUCCCGAGGAGGCUGGUGGGGAGAGGUGGACAGAGCAAAGGAGGCAGAGGGGACGGCCGGGGAGAGUGAGGCGGCCGGGAAGCCUUGGCUGGGGAACGUGAAGAAGACUGGAGGGCACACGUUGGGUGGUGGAAAGCCAGGCAGCUGCUCCAGGAGGCCCAGGAAAGGGGGAAUGGGGAAUUAGGGGUCGAGGGGACAGAUUGCGAGGCUCUGCAGUCCGCAGACACAGAGGCCUGGAGGUUGUUCGAUGGUCGUUAUCUCUGGGGGGCAGCGAUGGGCUUUUCUUUUUCUGCUUUGCACAUUUCUGGACUAAGCAGUUUCCUUUCUCUUUCUUUCUCCCUUUCUUUUUUAAUGGGCAUAAAGCUCUUUUAAGAGCAGGGGUGGGGUUGGGGGGGGGGGGUGGGAAAGCCAAAGAAGGUUGAAUGUUCUUCUGAGUUCUAACUAAUAACGUAGGUGUUCUCAAGAGCAGCAACGUCUCUCUGUGACCCCUGGGCUGGACCUCUCCGUAAUUGGUGUUAGGUGGUUAAAGAACAGAAGUCUCUUUAGCAGAUAGACGGAAAGACGGGACCCAGCCUGCCCAAGUAAGGGCUUUGGAAGGAAAAGGAGAGAGUGGGCUUCUGUGAGCAGAUGCCGGCUGUGGUGCCGAGAGGCUGCGGCAGCUGACCACGAGCCACGGCUUCUGCCAACGAGCGGCAUAUGCGACGUCCUAGGAUGAAUGAGCACAAGGGGGCCGGAUUGGCCGCAUGCUGGGGUGAGCUAUCAAUUCUGAUAAUGUGGUUGAGGUGGAGCAGGACAUCAAGAGCACGAGGUCUAAUUUAGUUAUCAUGAGCCAGGCUCAGUGGGCCUUGUCAUAUGUGAUGAAAGUGCUUCCCAGAUUAGCUCUGAGAGGUGGAGGUGAUUCCUGGAAUGGCUUUCAGCAAUUCACAAUCCUGGCAGAACAUAGGGCCAUACUAGUCUGUGACUUUAAAACUAGAGAUGUUCUUCUUUACCGGGUUGCAUAUUCGAUUAUCUGGUGGAUUUGAGGUCUUUCUUCAGUAACCCACAGAAUGACAAUGAGGAUUUGUGCCUGCUGCUGUAUUAACACUUCGGUGAGACUACUCGAGGACUGUCACCUCUCUCUUAUAGACGAAGUAGAAUGGGCAAUUAAAGUGGACAGUCCUCAAAGUUCCUCCCAGCCCCACUGUUCCAUAAUUUUAUGGCCAAGAAGAGAAAACCUGUGCCCAGCUGUGUUAAGAUCGAUGGGCAGGGUCCCUUAGGAGACAGAAGCGUGGUGCAGGUGCGAGAGUGUUGUGCGAGAUUGUGAGCUACUGGCCCGUGACCUGUGCAGAGAAAGAAGGUAUGUGCAGCCUGACUGCUGAAGGGCCACCUGUGGUUAAGUCGCUGCAAAGGAAGCUCUGUAAAUGAACACAGGUACCCCAGAAAGCCACACUGGCCCAGCCUGGAUGAGAGAAGUUUGAGGGCUGAACAGCUGCAGCGACUCGAAGAAAAAUUAGGCGAAGCCACUGCAGAAAUAAAAGAGUUGUGGUGGUUUCAGCAGACCGGCCAUUGGUCACCCUUAGUGACAGGGAAGAAGAGCCCCCGGUUAGGGGAGCCAGUGGAGGGGCAUCAGGGGGAAGCAGAGACCCUCCUUCGAAAGUUGGGGACUAUGUAGAAUAGUGCAGUGGUAAAGCCACGGUCUGUGGAGCCAGACUGCCCGGGGUCAGAUCUGAGCUUUGCUACCUUUCUAGGUGUGCAGCCAGAAGCAAGUAACUUGGCUCUGUAGGCCUCGGUUUUCUUGCCUGUAAAAUGGGGGUGAGUACCUACCUCCAGGGCUACCGUGAGGAUUAAAUCGUUAAUACGUGUGAAGCAGUUAGAAUGGUAUACGUGGCCUACGGCCUCAGAACAGGGUGCUUAUUAUCAUUAAUAUUGUUUGCUGAAAUGUACUCCCGAGUCUGAGAAGCAGUGAAGACAAAGCUUUAGGAACCCAAGUCUCUAAGUGGUGUGUAACUUACCAGAGUAAACCAUGCUAGGCUAAUCGUGGGCAAAGCUGCCAAGCUAGAUGGACAAACAGGACUAGAGAGGGGGUGUCAAAGUUUGCGGAGGUAAAAGGCAGUGUCCCAGCUGUGGCAGAAGCCCCCAGAAGGAAGGGCGCCUGCUUCUCCUUGGCUGAGCAGAUAUCUGGGCUCAUACUGCCUGGGAGAGGGGCCCCAGAACUGACGACAGGAGGAUCACUUGAAGAUGUUUCCUUCCUGAGGCCUCUGAGCAAGGGAACCUGAGGCAAUGUGUGCACAGGUGCUGCAGGGACAGAGUGGCCCGUCCUGUGAGCCAUGGGCCACUUGAAGUGAGAGCUUCUAAUAGUGCUGGGCCAAGGCUCUGCCGUGGUCUGAGGGGCCCUCGGCAAUUCUGGCCCUCAGCCUGGCCUGGUGUAGUGGAAUAAUGAUGAUUAUAUUAGGGUGACGUUUACAACAUUGUUUUCAUAGGUCCAAAUGUCAGAUAUUGGCAGUUUCAUAAGGUUCGACCUAAUAAUAACUAAUUCUUAGCACUUUUAAUGUAGCAGGCACUAAUCUAAACGCUUAUUUGUGUUGGGGCGCCUGGGUGGCUCAGUCAGUUAAAUGUCUGACUUUAGCUCAAGUCGUGAUCUCACAGUUUGUGAGUUUGAGCCCCGAAUCAGGCUCAGUGCCGAUGGUGCAGAGCCUGCUUGGGAUAUUCAUUUUCUCUCUCUCUCUCUUCCCCCCUCUCCGCGCCCCCCGCCCCUUCCCUGUGCAUGCUCACUCUGUCUCUCUCUCUCUCUCAAAAUAAAUAUAUAAACUUUCAAAAAUAAAUUAAAAAAAAUCUUAAAAUAAAUAAUAAACAAAUAAAUGCUUAUUUGUGUUUAAUUCAUUUAAUCCUUGCAAUAGUCCCACAGAGUAGGUCAUAAUAACUACCCCCAUUUUACAAAUGAGCAAACUGAGUCACAGCAAGAUUAAGUAACUGGCUCAAGGUCACCCAGGGAGUUAGACACCCAGCAUCGUGCCCCACACAUGGAUUGUGCUCUGUUGCCUCUACCCUGGGGCCUGGCCAGACACCUCCUGGGGCAUUUGAGCUGAAUUCACAUAGCAGUACUCCAGGAUCCCGGGCAAGGAUCUUCGUCCUCCCCCUCCUCCCCCUUUCCCCUCCUCCUUCCAGGGCUUCCUCUGCCCUCUACCACCCCUCACCUUUCAUUGAUAAUUGCUCACAGGCUUUCUUCUCAUGAAGUAAAUGUUUAACAAAAGAUUGGUUGUUUUAAAACUGAGAAAGAAGUCCUCUAAGGUCCUCCUUUUGGUCUACUAUUCUGGCUCCUGGGUUUUUCUCCUUCCACUGCCAGAAGGGCCUUCGGCCUCCUCAUUCCUUUCCAUGCCCUCCUUCCCAGGAGGAAACUAAGGCACUUGCCUCUGUGGGAAGGUGGAGUCCGAAAGACCACCACACCUGGAGGCAACAGGGAGU